AAGAGCUAAAGGUUCUUGUUGACUUGGCCUUGAUCUCUGCUGGUGAAAGUGAUAUGGAAACUGACCGCAUAUCCAGUCUACAUACCAGCUGUCUCGGUUUUGCUCCUCUGAUAUUUGACCUCAAAGAGAGCGAAGAACAAAGAGUGAACUUUGGUCAACUGAUGAACGCCUGUGAUCCUGUAUGGAAAGCAGUCGAGACGGAUAAGAUGUUACCCGAAAAACUGAAAGACACUAGUAGACAUCUGGAAUGGCUAAAAACUGUUAAAGAGUCCCACGGUUCGGUUGCUAUGACAUCAUUAGUGCAGGCCAAGACCAUCAACUCCAGUGGGGUAUAUGUUGUUGGUCACUUGGACACCAAAAAGGGUCCGUCACCAGAACAAGGAAAACGAUUGUCAUUCAAAGAUGUGAUCCAACUGACGCUUCCCCUUAAGAAUGGACGUGAAAAGGAGCAGAAGAAAACUUACUCUAUUGACGAACUAAAGGAUUUGCAGAGUAAACUGAUGUUGAUCGCAGGAAAGGCUGAAAAAGGGAAGGAUGACGUGGAACAGUUUGUGAGGAAUCUUGAAGGUGUAAUGCGUUUAGCGACUGCGUACAUCAGUCUCUUUGAAUGUGGUUACAUUCAUCGCAUGGAUUGGAAACAAGAGUUUCACUGUAGCAAAGACCAAGUCGCGGGCGAAUCUAUUGCGGAGGAUCUGGAAAAGGAAAGCUCCUUCAUGGAAAGGUGUUACAUGAACUGGAAGAAGAGGGUCAGUGAUGCAAGGAAGGAGUAUAGAGAAUUGAAUCUAUUCACAACACAGCAGUUGAUGAUAUUGAGGAAGGAAAUUGCCACAGUUUGCCACAGCAACGACCUUACUAUGGGCAACACCCAAGUUCUCACUCUGCUGGAAAGUGUUCGUCCCUAUUUAACCAGCAAGCAGUUAAAAUUAGCGAUAGAGCGUGCUUUUUAAGGACACGGAUUUACUAGAGAACGCUAGAGGCACAGCGCCGCUACCUUCGUUCACUCCAGUUCCAUCACAGGACGAAAUGGUGACUCGUAGGUCAGUGUUUGACAACAACAACCAUCCAGGGACGAGUUCCUUAACAGAAACCAGUAAGAGUCCAGUACAAACUGUUACCGCCAAGAAACCAAAGGCAAGGGAGACAUCAAAGAUUCAAAGUUUCUUGAAUGCAGCAGCAGAUGAUGGUUAUUCGGAGCAGAGUGCGUUGGCUGCUUUGGCGAGUUUGGGUGUUGAUGCAGAAGAAGACGACUUGCUGUUAUGGUGUCUAGAAGAAGCCGACGAAGCUGAUAUCGAGGCUCUUUACGAAGAUGCAAAGCGAAAUCCCAUGAUCGCGUGAGAAGUAUUCUCAGAUGAUGUCGAAUCUGUUGAGCAGGAAAU